CCAUUCUCCACAUUUUCGCGCCACAAUGUCUCUGUCUCCUCGAGCAUGAACGACCGCCAUCUUUAGUGCAAUAAUUGGACAAAUCACUCAACAGCAGUAUUGCUGGUCACGUGGUGUUUUAUCUUAGACAUGUGCAUCUCACGUGAGAAUAGGCGUUACUAGUAAAACCACGCUCCUAUUUCAAAUUUGCUACUUGUCAACGUGUAUUAAAUAUCAAUUUCAAAGAUACACGCCAAACCCAUUUUCUGUGUUGACAAACGUCAACUGCAAGUAAUUAUUGAAAUUUUUAGGGGCAAUUAUUCAGAAAUUAGGAAAAAUGGUAAAGUUUCACAUAUACAUUCUACAUUUCAAUCAUAUGCAUUUGGUUGCAAGCAUUAGAUUAUGUUUGUGAAUUUACAGAAUAAGUGUCACACCCACAACUUUGCCCCCAUCAGUCUUGUUCCAAACGUGUGUUGAGGACUCGCCAUUCUAUAUAUAAUGCUUAUUUCAGGGUGAUCAGUUUGACUGUGCUUUGGAUUUGAUGAGGCGUUUGCCUCCACAGCAAAUAGAGAAAAACUUAAGUGAUUUAAUAGAUCUAGUACCAAGCCUUUGUGAGGAUUUACUAUCUUCAGUUGACCAACCCCUAAAAAUCGCAAAAGAUAAGGAAACUGGAAAAGAUUACUUAUUAUGUGAUUACAAUAGGGAUGGUGAUUCUUACAGGUCUCCGUGGUCUAAUACCUAUUACCCACCUUUAGAUGAUGGUUCUAUGCCAUCAGAACGUUUGAGGAAGAUGGAAUUAGAUGCAAAUCAUGCAUUUGAUCAGUAUAGGGAAAUGUAUUUUGAGGGAGGUGUGUCUUCUGUUUACUUUUGGGACUUGGAUCAUGGUUUUGCAGGUGUGAUACUCAUAAAGAAAACUGGUGAUGGUAGUAGAAAAAUCAAAGGGUGUUGGGACUCCUUGCAUGUAGUUGAAGUUCAAGAGAAAAGUACAGGCCGUAACUCCCAUUAUAAAAUGACAUCCACAGCAAUGCUUUGGUUGCAGACGAAUAAACCUGGUUCAGGUACCAUGAAUUUAGGAGGAAGCCUAACUAGGCAGACUGAGCAAGACGCAACAGUGAACGACAUGAAUCCUCACAUUGCAAACAUUGGUCGGAUGGUGGAAGAUAUGGAGAACAAGAUCCGUAAUACCCUGAAUGAGAUCUACUUCAGCAAGACCAAGGAUAUCGUGAACAGCCUAAGAUCUGUGCAAUCGUUAACGGAGAGCCGGCAACAGCAGGCGCUGAAACAAGAUUUAGCGGCGGCACUGCAGCGCAGACACAACAAAACAGACAACUGAUGCAACCUUCAGGUCUAUCAGAUCGAUUAUAAAGCGCUAGAUGGAUAACUUUUCGAGUAUUGUGUCCACUUUCUAUGGAGCUGUACAUAGGCUAGUUGAUGGGGAUACUUGUCUUGCAAACUUCGAUUAUAUAAAAAGUUACAGAAGUUAAAUAUGGAGACCAUUCAGCUAUCGGCCGCAUUCGGUUAGGUCAGGCCUCUCCAACUCGGGUGCCACAAGUGCAGCGCCGAGCACCGCUCACCUCACAGCACAGUGCUGCGGAGUGACUCCGUGAAGGUGGGGAAGGAAUUAGGCAGCGUAAUACGCAUCGCGAGGAAGAUGUGCUAACCGUAGCACCCUGCGAAUAGAAAUGACCCGGGAGCUGGUGGCAUUGAGUAUACCUUUAUCGCGGAUUCGACUAAAUUUAGUAAUAAUAUAUAGUUUUUAAGUAAAUGAACAAGAAGAGCUCAGUAAGAUGUGGCGCAACCUGCCAGAAGUACCUGUCAUACCGACUUAAAGAUACAGCGUGACAAGAGAAUUUCACCGUCCUCACCGAAUCCAAUGAAGCCUAGAAGGUUUGAUGGAAAUUUUGGAAAAACAUGGUAUGACAAACUGAUUUCCGCCAGAAGUUUUUGUCGUACCGACUGAAAGCUAUAGCAGGCAAUGCAAAUAGAUCAAAAUAAUACAUCCUGUUUGUAUGCUUCAUGCUUGCAUUUAAAAGCUCAUUUGAGUCUGUCAGUUUGAUACCGGGCUACUAGAUGUUUGAAAGUAUAUGUAAAAUGAAUAUGAAACGUCAUGACCGUUGAUAUACGUAUAGGUUAUGGUAAAAUCCUACCGUCACGUAUCUUCAAGUCGAUAUGACAGGUACUUUCAUCGGAAUACCAAGCCCUUUUUGUUCAUUUACUUUGAAACUACAUAUUAUUACUAAGUUUAGUAUUGACAUUUGAAUUGGUCUGAUCGAGUUAACGCGCGGGUGAUACAAUAAUGUUCAUAAUUUCGACGUAAACGCAUUUAUUCUUAAGAUGAUCUUUGACAGCGUUCCGAUUCAACAAGUUUACUAAGAUUUGGUACCGUGGCUUGAGCAGUGGAAAUUCUGAGUAUCGCCUCUAAGGACACAUCAGACAAAGACCUGUUUUAAGUUUUGUUCAAAUUCAUUAAAGAAAACAUCUGCUCGCAGAAGUACGUUGUACCGAACAUGGAGCUGUUUCCAAGGCCAGUGCAAGAAUUUUGGGAAAAUCUUGCUGCUUAACACCUUGAUAAAACGAAAUUAAAUUACUAUUGUAGUGGUAGUAUCUAUCCUUAAGGAUCGUAUCGCAUUUAAGCUUAAUCAGUUCCAUUUGGAACUGCGUCGGUUCUGUUUCGAAAAGCACUGAAGAUGGCGUCGUAAAAAUCUCAUUUGCAUUAACAUCUCAACGUCGUCAGUGAUUUAAAAAAAAACUUUAACACUUUUGCGCAGCUUAACCAGCGCGUAACACAGUAAAAGGGUAUGCCACUGUAAGUUGCUUCCAGGUCUUUUAAUAAUACUUCAAACUGCCGUGGUUGAGACCUUGCUUUCUGCAGAACUUGACACAUGUUAUUACUACAUCCAUAAUAGAUUUGAAAUUACGUAAGGUUUUUGCACAUAGUUGUUCCUGAUGUAAUAUGCAGUGUACCGAUGAUAUCGGAGGUAGCCCAGCGUCGCGUACUUUUAUUUUCAUUCGCCCAGUAAAACCUUGUGCUUCCGAUAACAUUGCUGUAGCUCCAUCAGUAACAACAUUACGCAAACUUUUGACUAGUAUACCCAUGUCAUUCAUUGUGUAUUCUACAGCAUCAAAAAUAUCUUCUCUGACCAUUGUAUAUUUGAGCGGGAUAACGUCUAGUAGUUCGUCGAUGAUAGUAAAGACUAUUUCGACACCUCUAACGAAAACAGCUAAUUAUGCUGUAUCAGAAAUGUCUUUACUGUCAUCGAGAACUAUAGAAUACUGCACAAAAUGGGCACAUUUUCCCGCAGUUGUUUUUUUAAAUUUGCACCAAGUUCAAGUAACCGACGAGAAAUUGUUUGUUCGGACAUACUAAUUGUCUCAAAGUUGCUUACAAGAGAUGGGCACAAUAUUUCUGCACACUCCACUAAGCAUUCUUUGACAAGUGCACCGUCGGUAAACGGUCUCCCACUUUUUGCGAUUUUCAAAGCAACAAUACCGUGUGACAAAUUAAACAUUUUGCUUUUCUAUCAAUGACAUAGUUUAAAAAAGAUGCACGUUAAGACGCUAAAAAACCUGUCCACUUUGUCUUGUCCUAUUAAGAAAUGGCCCGCGCCCGAGACCCCGAGAGACAGUCGGCUUAUAUGUUUCUCUCAGUCGCGAAGGCUGUGCGGUCGAGGUGGAGGGGAAACGGCACCGUUGCCGCUGGGUUCUGCACCGGAGCGCACCAGCACCAAGUGCUCGAGUUGGAGAUGCCUGGGUUAGGUUGUGAUUAGUGGAUGAUACUCUUUCUAUAUGUUAAAUUCAGUAACAAACAGUCGUUUUCGGUACUGAGCUGUCCAGCUCCAUCCACUUAAUUUUAUACGAUAAUUCCGAUAUAUGUCUUAUGUAGAUAACCUGAAGUUGACAUAACAAAUGGUACGUAAAUCACAUUAAUCCAAUCUAAACUAUAUUUACCUAAAAUACCAUAAUAGCUGAUAGUCUAAGCCCAGCUUAGAUAACAAUCAGUUAUGAAACUGUCCUGUCAAUGUCAAGAAACUGCGGCCAUGUGGGCGGAGAAUAUCGCAUUAAAACCUCUCUCAUCAUUGUGCUAGGAGAAUUUACAUGCGGUUUUCACCGCCGAAAUGACGGCCGUUUUUGACACUGAGCUGUCCUUAUACUAUGUGGGUAUUUAAUCCAAUGUUUAUAAUGCAAUUUAGCUAAAAGUAUGAAUUUCCAUAGAAUAUAUCAUUAAUGAUAUCUUGCAAGGUGACAUGUCCCUGUUGACUAAGUCAUACAUAUGUAAGUUUUCUUGAUAGCUGAAGUUUAUUAAAUUUUAUGAAAGGAGAAUGUGAAUGAGUCCCUCUUUAUAUUUCUAUAUCAUUUUUAUUUAAUAUGUGAGGCUGGCCCCUUUAGAACAUUUCAAAAUUGUAAGCCAUUUCAUAACCACCCUUCGAAUGAACACUGUCAAUUGCUAGUAUUCAAAUGGUCUGGUUGAACAUUUUUAUCACCAAGCAUUGUUGACAUGUUGGUCCAUCAAAAACUAACGCUUCCUUAAUCUCGUCGGAUCCAUUAUUGUCUGAGAGGUUAAUGCUAUCGGUGGCUGUCACACACGACUCAUCAUAAUCAUAGGAUUGCAUGAACGAAUAAAAGUAUUAUGAAUGCUAAAUAAGUAUCCAGCUGUCAAAGACUUAAAAACGCGACAAGAAGCUAGAAUUUUUAUAUCUGAUAGUUGGGCGUUUUUUUAUUUAAGAAUUUUUAAGAUAAGGCCAAAAGAUGGAGUUGAUAAGAUAUGAACAUUAUAUUAUAUGUCUGGAUAUGAGUUCAUUAAACAUCAUCAAAUCAUUAUACAAUUCUUCUAUUAUUUUAUUUAUAUAAAAU